AUGAGUCUCCUCUUUGAGCCCAGCAGCCUCUCGAGUUGCUUCUUCGAGCCGGUUGUAGGCGACGAGCAGGUCUCCGUCCCCGAGAUCCUCGCCAUGCUCGACGGCGUCCUUGAGGGCGACCUGUCACUCGAGUCCCUACAGCACGAAGAUCUUUCCGUUCUCGACCCAAAGACGCGGAGUCUGAAGAGGCUGCGACCCUGUCCUAAUAUCGACGAAGUCCCGAAGGGGCCCAAGCCGAAGAGAGGCAGGAGACCCACUGCAGCUCGUCCGCGGCUGCGCAACAAGGGCAAGAUCGAGAUCUUGAGGCGCGAGAUCGAGACGCUAGAAGCCGAACUGGAGGCGCUCAAGAAUGCCGAGCAAGACAUCGAGGAGCCUCAGGCUGACUCACUGUGGAAAAUCAUCGCUACGAAGCAGCGUGAAGAGCGGGAGAAGGCGGAGAGCGAAAACAAGGCGCUCAAGAGUCUGCUGAGUGCGCAGUGCACCCUGACCACGUCGCUGUCUGGUGUGCUCAGCGAGUGGACAAGUCUACCCGACCAGGAAUUGAGCCUGACUAUUUAG